GUUGUGUGCAAUAAAAUAACUAGAACAAACAAACCAAAAUAAAAAUAAAUUUAACAACAAAACUAGCAAUGGAGGUUAUGAAUAAUAUUUAAUUUAAUUUGAAUUCGAUAAAGUCAUAAUUUCAAUAUAUGAAGCAUGGAAAACGUUCAGAACUCAGAUGCAUAUUUUUUGAUCCAAAAAUUCUUAUCCUCUGGUUUGCUGAAGAAAACGUUAAAAGUAAGUAAUACUUUACAAGAGGUUUUCAAUGAAGAACUUGAGGAACAUAAGAUAUUACCUACCCGUAUUGAUUGGGAAGGCAAUAAACAUGACAGAACAGUUGAGGAUAUGGUUAAACAGUUUCCCAAUAUACGACCGGACUAUUUACUACAUUUGUGCUGCCAGGCAAUGAAAUCCAAAGAGGAGAAUGCUUUAAGUAAGAGUAAAUCUUUUCUGAGUUUCCGGCCUAAUAUACACAUAGGCAAUGAAUUCUUGACGAAUUUUGGACAACUAUUUAACUAUGUUACUAGACUGCAUGGAAUACCAUUACAAAAUAUUAAAUUGUCAUUCAAUUUAGUUAAUUCUUUAAGGAGCAGAGAAAUUUCGGGGCCAUUAACUAGGCACAGGACUAUUACACCAAAAUUAUUUACAUCAAUGCAGAUACAAAGAACAACUGUUGGACAUUUAUCAUCAGUGUACUGUCUACUAUUCGACCAUUCUGGAAAAUAUAUCAUCACAGUUAACCAAUGCCCGGAAGCCGAUUCAAAAAAGCUGAAAGUAACAAUGGUCUGCUGGAACAAGUCAGACCUGUGGGUGGUAACCGCCGUUAGCGACCACAACUUAAAAAUUUGGACUUCUAAUACUGGCCAGUUGGUAAAAGUGCUUACCGGCCAUACCGAUGAAAUCUACGUACUAGAAGCACAUCCACACGAAGAGAACGUGAUGCUUUCUGCGGGCCACGACGGCCAAUUGUUCAUCUGGGACAUUUUGAAAGGCGAAAUAGUUUUUAAAUUUUUGAAUACCUACGAUGGACAAGGGUAUGCUUCUAUUUAUGAUGCGAAAUGGAGUCCGGAUGGAUGUGUGGUAGCUGGAUCGGACUCACAAGGCCAUAUUUUAAUAUUUGGGUUUGGAACUGGUAGUCCUUUUUUCCAACAGCUUCCUCAAGAAUUGUUUUUUCAUACUGACUAUCGACCAUUGGUGCGAGAUUCUAGCCACGCGGUUCUGGACGAACAAACUCAAAUACCGCCCCAUCUGAUGCCUCCUCCUUUUCUGGUUGAUAUCGACGGCAAUCCGUACCCUCCGAUGCUUCAAAGAUUAGUUCCCGGCCGGGAGCUUUGUAACGUCGAUCAAUUGGUUCCGAAUAUUGUCAUCGGCAACGAAGGGACACAAGAAGUUAUCCAAGAUCUUCCUCAGAAUCACGUAGUAGCCAUCCAGGAGAAUCAGCAGGAAGAUCGGGAGCAGGGUUCUUCGUUUAGACCUGGACGCAGACCAUCCGUCAGGGAACACGAACGCAUCAGACAGAGCACAGGUGAUUGGCAGAAAGAUCCGACGUUCAAAUGGCAGAAGAACGUACUGGUGGAACCACUUAGUCCGGCUGUUUUGGAAAAUUCUAGAGAGAUUAGGGAUUGUAUCAAAGAAGCUGAAAUGGAGGAAUACCAGAAACAGCUAAGGCAAAGGCCGCAUAUGAUCAGCAUCAACACUUCUAGCAAUAUUAAAAAGAGGGAGGAGAGGAAGAAGAAAACUAAAUAUGUGACCAGAUCUGCUGUAACAUAUGAAUACAAGGACGACGAAUCUUCCGAAAACGAAAACUUUUACGAAUCGUCCGACUCGUCGGAUUGGGUGGCAGAAGAAGAACAAGAACGCGAACGCCCCAAACGUUCUUCUCGACGCCAAAGAGCCACGCAUGUAUCCGAUUCCGAUGCGGACGACGAUAUCGACGUGGAGGUGUACGAAGACGAAGACUACGAUGAAAGUUACAACGAGGAUUCGAAUCCUAGCUACAGCAAAGCCGGUUCGUCCAGAAAGGAGAACGGCGCAGCUAAACUGAAGAAUGGCAAAAGUGAUCGUUCGAAUUUGAAGGAAUCUCAAACGAACAAGGCCCCCAAGAAGGAAACUCCCACCCGAAAAUCGAGACAACCUGCUAGUAGUAAAGGUUCGGACAGUAACAAAGACAACGGUAGUAGUUCGAGUAAAACUAACUCAAACAGAAGUAGUUCUGCGAAAAAUGAGACUAGUACUCGUCAAAAUGGUAGUGCCAGUAAAGAAACUAACCAAACGAAUAAGAACAGUGUCAUGAAUAGCUACUCGUCAAACCUUCCUAGAACAUCGAAAUUGACGAAGAUCUCGGAACAAUACAGACUCAGCGAGUGGUUGUCUGAAACGCGGCCCAGAAAAUCUCCGUAUUAUCCACAAUUGGGAGACGAAAUCGUGUAUUUCAUCGAAGGCCACCAACUGUACAUCAACGCCGUGGAAAUGAAAAACGUCUAUGAGGAUAGAGAAUUCGCCAAAGUUAUCGGCAUUCAGUACGAAAUCAAACCGCCAAGAUUAUGCUGUUUAAAAUUAGCGCUAAUGGACGAAUCCGGAAGACUGACGGGCAAAGUGUUUUCUGUGAAAUACCAUGAUAUGCCCGAUGUUCUAGAUUUUUUCGUACUGAAGCAAAUAUACGUCACGGCGAUGUCGAGAACGUGGAAAAACGGAAACAAGUUCAGGUGUAUGAUAGAUGACGAAUGGUGGAUCGGCGAGAUCAUUAAUAAAGCCCCAGCUAGUGACGCUUAUCCAGAUUCGUCCGUUUUGUGCUACGAGAUUAAAUGGAAUAACGGGGAGCAGGAGAGGAUGAGUCCUUGGGAUAUGGAAAUUAUUGAUCCAGAAAGAAUGCCUGAAGAUGAAAGUCAAUCGAUUCCUGUCCUAGAAGAAGAACUUACGUCGAUACUCUAUAAAACGAUACAGUGUGACUGGCCGUACAGUGACUUGUCCUUGAUUACGAAACAUAUUGUAGCAGGCAUAACCAGGGUGAUGGAAUUAGCAAUAGCCGAGCCGUUUUUGGUACCCGUCGAUAUAAACGAAUAUCCUCUGUACGCGAUGGUAAUCGAAUAUCCAAUCGAUUUAUCGACGAUCAAAUCUCGAUUCGAAAACAAGUUUUAUAGAAGACUGACUGCAGCUCAAUUCGACAUUAGAUAUUUAGCCACCAAUGCGGAAAAAUUUAACGAAAAACAUAGCAAAAUCGUAAAACAUGCCAGAAUUUUGACCGAACUAUGUUUAAGAAUUCUAAGACAUUGCUCAGAGUAUGUAGACGUACCUAGUCUUUACCACCGACUCGUCAGUUCGUACGAUUCUUCCGAAUCAGAGGAAGAAGCAGAAACGCCGUCCACAAGUAAGAACUUGCGAACUGCAACUAGAAAAUCUACACACGAUCCGGAUCAGUGGCAAGAAGAAGCAAUGACUCUCGUCAAUCAGUUGUGGACCAGCGAGGACGCGGGUCCGUUCAGGCAACCCGUCGACACCACCGUAUAUCCAGAUUAUUAUCAGAUUGUAAAAAGUCCAGUGGAUCUCGGAAUGGUUAAAGAAAAAUUGUCCAAUAAGGCGUACGGCAAUCCGCAGCCGUUUUGUGUGGAUAUGAGAUUAAUAUUUUCGAAUUCUCGUUUGUAUACGCCGAAUAAGAAAUCUAGGAUAUACGACAUGACGAGUCGACUGUCCAGUAUGUUUGAAGAAAGCGUGAAACAGAUAUUGUCGAAGUGGAGGACAGCGAUAAGAAGGAAAAAUCGUAGGAAAUCAAAUACGAGCGACAACGACAGUGAAGCUUCGACUAAUUCUAGCUCAAGUAAAGAAAAAUCUGACUCGGAAAAUGGAGUAUCCAACGACAGCGAUAACGGUUCCGUUUUGGGCCACAAAACCACUACGUCCUCGGAAAGUGGUAGCAACAGUACUGUACAACCUAAGGAAAAAGUCACGAGAAGCAUGAGAACGCGUAAAGAUGAAGAUGCAGACGAAUAUCAUCCUCGAGAAGAACGGGGUCCUUCAACAAGAAAAAUGGAGUACCGAUCUUGUUCAGAAGAGUCUUCCUUAUCGUCAAGCGAAGGUGAGGGCGUAUACUACAAAAGAAAGAACACUCUGAGGCAAAGAUCCGCCAGGAAAAAGCCCAACACCUACGACAGCUCGCAAUCUGAAGAAAGCGUUAGUUCGACGAGAAGAUCAAAGAGAAAACGGAAGAAAUCCGAAAGCGAAAGCAGUGAUAAGUCGUCUAGUGGAACGAAUACCAGGCGAGAAGAAGAAGGCACUUUCAUUUCGGCCGUUAGCAGCAGAGGGAGAGUCCGCAAAAUAACGGAUAAAGCCAAAGCUUUGUUUAGAAGGAAGUAAAUUUUGUUCAAUUGUGAUUUUUCCAAAAUGUUCAUAUUUUUUUAUAGUUGAGAAUUGGUACUGUGGCAUGGAACGUACUAUAUAUAUUUGAUGCUACACAACUUGUUUAAGGGAAAUGUUAAGAAUAUCCUUAUUGAUUGUUUCAGUUUUGUACUGCCUUAAUAUUAGUUUGUUAGGUAAAGAAAACACUGAAAAUUUGUGUUUUAUUAAGUUUACAACAGAAAUAGUUGCUUACUUAUGUUUAGCUGUCAAAAUACCUUUCUUGCGUUCGAUUUAAAUCUUGUUUGGUGCUAAGUAAGGAAGGAAUAUCGUUAGGAAAAGUGACAGUAUUGCUUAAUAAUUUAAAUAAGUCUUCAUUUUAUACUCUUAAUUUUUGGUGACGUUUUUACGGUCAAAGUUCUUCCUUUCUUUUAUAUACGUUGAGACUAGAGAAGCAUUUAAAAGAAGCCUUCAAAUUCGCAUUAGAAAAACGGAAAAGAUGCAUGGACCUCAGUAUUUUCGUUAAGUAAGAAAUAUGUGUGAAAAUUGUAACCAAACUAAUUACUUUCAAGCGAAAAACGUUUUUGCUGACAAAAAUAUCACAAAUAAUCCUCCUGGUUUGUACGAUUUGACACCAUGUGACUUUUGUCUGUUCUGCAAAAACUUUGAAUUAAAAUAAACACAUUUUCGUAGGUUUAACGCUUUUAUAAAAAACGACAGGUUUUACAGGGAAGUUUAAAGAAAAACCUUUCUGUAAAAUAAUGAAAAAUAGUCAAAGAACUCAAUUUUGUCGUAGGUAUAAGAAGUGUGUGCAAAAAUUUGUAGCUGUAGUUAUCACUUUUGAAUAAAAAUUGUUUUUACUGACAAAACUGUGUCAGAUAAUCCACCUCGUUCGUCCAACUUGACACUACGUGAAUUUUAUCUGUUAUGCACGGAAAAUGUAGCACCAAAAUAAUAAAAUUUUCUUAGUUUGGAGCUGUGGAGGAAAAAUCGUCACGGUUUAUAGAGGAGAAACGGUGAAAAAUAUGCACAGAGCUUUUUUGAUGCAAACUACAAAUUAUAUGCGAAUAUGAUAGCUGUGAUUUUCACUUUUAAACAAAAACGAAUUCUCACUUUUAAACAAAAACUGUUGCGCUGACAAAAAUAUCUCAUAUAAUCCACCUGGUUCGCACGAUUUGACACCGUGAGAGUAUCUAUAUGUUCCUCAAGG